AUGUUAGGGCUCACUGCUUUCACACCCCCACCAAUCCCAUCAUCUUCUUUGAUUUCAACCUCAAGACCUCUAUCAAUUCCCUCACCAACCCUCCUCAAUUCCUCUUCUUUACUUCUCAAACCCCAAACCCAAAUACCAAGAAAACCCAAAAAAUUUGUUAUAUUUGCAAACAACCCCGGUGGCAAGGAGAGGGAAGAAGAGAAAGACAAAGAAGAAGAAAUUGGAUUCGGCGGUCGUGACGAUGAUUUGAGAGAGAAUCAACGGCCCUUAUUCGGCAACAUCAGAUGGGGUGAUCUGCUACUGGACCCAGAUCCUAACAACAUCUUGGCCGUCGGAUUGACGGGGCUGCUGACGUGGGCAAGCGUGCAGGUGCUAUGGCAGUUGGUGUUCAUCGCAUUGGCUAUACUUGUUGCUGCUGUUAAGUAUUCUUUCAUAGCUGCUGUUCUUCUUUUCAUUCUCAUUGCCCUUCUUUAA